GAGCCUAUCACUGAUCUCUGGCUCUCCUCCUACAUAGUGCGCCAAAGUUGGGCACUUUAACAACUUGCAAAGCUCUCAGCUGACACAAUUUGUUCCCCCAAAAAGCCAUCACCUACCGACAGAGAAGGAAAGAGAAAGCACUGUGCGUGCUGCGCUACUGCCCAGGUCCCCGCCAUUGUAUGACCACCCUACUUCAUCUGCACAGCUUCCAGGCACCUUCCUCUUCCCCAAGUGUCUCAGGUCCCUUUUUGCACAGUUUUGUUUACGCUCUUUAGUAAAUCCUCUUGUACAUUUGGCCGAACUGGGGUCUGCACAGGACGGAGCGGAGUUCUACGGCUGUUCCACAGACUUGAUACUGCCCUGGCUUACUCCGACCUCCAGCGAAUGGCUGCACUGCCUGGCACUGUCCCAAGGAUGAUGCGGCCGGCUCCAGGUCAGAAUUACCCCCGCACCGGAUUCCCCCUGGAAGUGUCUACUCCCCUGGGCCAGGGUCGAGUCAAUCAGCUCGGGGGAGUCUUCAUCAAUGGAAGACCCCUGCCCAACCAUAUCCGCCACAAGAUCGUAGAGAUGGCUCAUCACGGCAUCAGACCCUGCGUAAUAUCCCGCCAGCUCAGGGUCUCCCAUGGGUGCGUGUCUAAAAUCCUCUGCAGAUACCAGGAGACAGGCUCCAUCCGGCCCGGGGCCAUCGGAGGCAGCAAGCCAAGGCAGGUCGCCACUCCCGACGUUGAGAAGAAGAUCGAGGAGUACAAGCGGGAGAAUCCCGGGAUGUUCAGCUGGGAGAUCCGGGAUCGGCUGCUGAAGGACGGACACUGUGACCGGAGCUCGGUCCCCUCAGGUUUAGUGAGUUCGAUUAGCCGGGUCCUCAGAAUCAAGUUCGGGAAAAAAGAGGAAGAUGAAGAUUGUGACAAGAAAGAAGAGGAUGGAGACAAGAAAACCAAGCACAGCAUCGAUGGCAUCCUGGGCGACAAAGGGAACCGCCUGGACGAAGGGUCAGACGUAGAGUCGGAACCAGAUCUCCCCCUGAAACGGAAACAGAGGCGCAGCCGUACGACGUUCACUGCGGAACAGCUGGAGGAGCUGGAGAAGGCCUUUGAGAGAACGCACUAUCCGGAUAUAUACACGCGGGAGGAACUGGCGCAGAGGACCAAGCUGACCGAAGCCAGAGUGCAGGUCUGGUUCAGCAAUCGAAGGGCUCGGUGGCGCAAGCAAGCUGGAGCCAAUCAGCUGGCAGCAUUUAACCACUUGUUGCCAGGAGGGUUUCCUCCAACGGGAAUGCCAGCACUGCCUCCAUAUCAGCUGCCUGAGGCGUCAUACCCAGGAGCCGGCCUCUCCCAAGAUGGCGGGAGCACAGUCCACAGACCUCAGCCUCUUCCACCAUCCUCCAUGCACCAAGGUGGUCUAUCGGCUGCAAGCGCGGAUCCUGGAGCAGCCUAUGGUGCCAGGCAUAGCUUCUCAAGUUAUUCGGACAGUUUCAUCAACCACGGGGGACCGUCCAACCACAUGAACCCGGUCAGUAAUGGCCUCUCCCCACAGGUAAUGAGUAUUCUCAGCAGUCCCAAUGGCGUGGGCCCGCAGUCCCAGUCAGACUUUUCCAUCUCCCCUCUGCAUGGUGGGCUGGAAACCAGUAACUCCCUCUCCGCCAGCUGCAGCCAGCGCAGUGACUCCAUCAAGUCUGUGGACAGCCUCUCGACAUCCCAGUCCUACUGCGCCCCCACGUACAGCACAACAGGAUACAACAUGGACCCCGUGGCUAGCUACCAGUACGGACAAUAUGGACAAACUGCUGUUGAUUACUUGGCUAAAAACGUCAGCCUGUCCACACAGCGCCGGAUGAAACUUGGCGAGCACUCGGCUGUCCUGGGCCUUUUACCUGUUGAGACUGGGCAAGCCUACUGAAGUCUUCGCACCUGUAAUGCCACCAGAACCAGCACCUGAGGGCUGCCCUGUACAUCUCCCCACGUUAUACAUUUGUGCCAAUUCACUGCUCUCAUCCCCUGGGACAACCGCAGAGCAAAUACUCUAUGGUCGGCCUGCAUCCAGAAAAGUGUUGGCGUCUGUUCCCAGGAAUGGUCCAUGCAAUGAUUUAGAAGCUGCCGGCAUGCUCUGAAACACUUUGAGGGUAUUCAAACUUUUCCGCAAAGUAGAGGCAGCCUUGACAGGACUAGCGCAGUAUUUGCCUAUGAAAUGGGUGAGAACGAGGCACAAAUACAGAAAAUCUGCCAUGUUUCCGAGCGUAGAUGUGUAAUAAUCCAUGUCAGGGAACAGUCUCUCACCCACAUUUCAUUCCCUAUUGUAACUUGUGGUUGAAGAACACUCCCAUAAACAUUCCAUACACAGGAGUUGUAGACCAAUGACUUUCAAAAUGAAGAUUACUCAAAAGAGUAUGAGCAAGUGAUUUCACCAUCAGUCAGUAUAGAUGUACUGGAUAAUGUUUACUUCACUGAAUAUUGGGACCAUUUCUACAGACUAUUGCAUUCUGAUUUUUCUUCAAGGAGGACGAUUCUGUUGUGAAGUUUUGGAAGCAAUCCCAGGCGUUACUAAAACAAUAUUGUAGCUAACGUAACAUUGAGCAGGAUCGGCUACUCUGUAACACAGGACCACAGGGCAGGCCGUCACGUUACAGAUGUCCAUGGUAGGCCUACGAUUGCCCCCAACCGUACUUGAAAUAUCUGUAAUAAUGUGUUGACGUCAGUCAGGAACCUAAGUUUGGAAGAAUAAUUUAGUGCCAUCAUGGCCAGAAAUUUACCUCCCAAGAUAUAUGUCCCAAUGAAAUAAUUAUUACACAUCUCAGCAUCAUUUGGAUGGCGCAGAGAAACAAUUUAGGAUGACCUCCAAAUGUUAACCUCGUAUAACUUGUCCGACAAGAAAAGUGAUCUCGGAUGUGAAUAUCCAAACAAACGUAGUCGUGAUAUUUAUUCCAUAUGCUUACUCGCAUUCCAGGAUGUUGGAAUUCAUCUACCAGAACACAUGAAUAGAUGGUAUCAGUAUACCGUCACUUAGGCUGCCGGGGUCUCCAGCGUGACCACGUCUAGCAUUACGACACAGAUGACGCAACAGUUAAUGCUGGUUGGCGGACCACUAUUAAAUAGAAGGAUGUUAUUCCAUUGAACCUUCCAAACCAGUGCUGAGAGGUGUAAAUUCCUUUUGAAAUCCCAUUUUAGCUACUGGUUCAAGAUGAUGUAUAUAGUAUAGUUACCCUGUUCCAAAUCAUUCCAGUGCUAAAACCCAUCUGCAGUUUCAUGUGAAUAUUUUCACAGCAAAAGAUGUAUAGUAUGGUUGAUGUAUAAGAAUUAUGUGAAGUCUUCAGAAGAUUUAUAUAUUAUGUUCCAAGAGAGAAAUAUUGAUAUAGGGAAAUGGUGGUGAUUGUUGGGGCGCAAAGGGCACACCUUCUCUAAAAUACCAAACACUCCACAUCAUGAUAAGCUUUUAUCUACAAAAGACUCCGAUACCCCAUAGUAUAAGACUAUACGCUCUUACAGACGGACCUUGCGGAGGACAAGGAGAAGAGGACAGCAGAAAGGCUCCAAGAGACAUUCCAUAAGAAGACUCCUCUAUCGGAGAAGGAGCCGACAUCACUUAAUGCACAAAUGGACACUUGACUUUUUAUUUUAUUUUAAAUAUUUCUAUAAAAUGGACAUUUGAGGGAUGCAGACCCCCCGGUCACAGGGACUGUGUGGGGGCAUUGCAGUACCCCACCUACACAUGUAUAUUAAAUGCUCCUAACCCUUUAGUCUAACGCCACCAACAAGGAUUCCCGUAUAUAGCACUAGAUAGCAUUCCAUAAACCGUCACCUCUGUGUCUGAUUCCCAAGUGUGCGCAUCAGUGUGUACAUAUAUAUAUGCGUACAUAUAUAUAAUCCCACUAUAAUUUAUUCAGCUAUAUUAAGUCGUAGAUUAGAAAGAUAAACUUGUACUUGUUUCAUCCUCAUCCCUGCUAGCGGACGUCAGCGACUUACGGGCGACCUCUGUAGCAGCGACGUGGUAACUACCCGUGCCUGUAUGUGGAUUUGUGUACCUCAGGCAUUGUUGUUAUGCAUUAAAGAAGAUGAAACCUA